AUGGCUAUGGUGAAGCAUGUUCUACGAGAAUUAGAAAGUUUGCUAAAGGAUCCAUUAGACUUUAUUCGAACAAUUGAACUUGAUGAUAAUAAUAUUUUUCAAUGGCGCGGGAAAAUGAUUGGCCCAGAAGAUAGUCCAUAUCGUGGUGGAUUAUUUGAAUUUGAUCUUGAUUUUCCAACCGAAUUUCCAUUUCGUCCUCCUUUAUUUAAAUUCACAACUAAAAUAUAUCAUCCGAAUAUUCAUUACCAUUAUGGAACAGUUAGUUUAGAUUUAUCUAAGUUAAGAUGCACUCCAAAUCGGGUAGUUCGACCAUUUUUAGAAGGUGUUUAUUCAUUAUUAGUUUAUCCAAAUUUUGAUACACCCAUUGAACUAAUAACAAGUACAUUAAACAACUAUGAUAUGAGAAAACAUGAAGACCUAGCAAAACAAUGGACUUGUCAAUAUGCGCUAGAAAACAUUUCACAAUCUCCAUCAAGUGUCGAAAAUGAAGAAAACAUUUCACAAUCUCCACCAAGUGUCGAAAAUGAAGAAAACAUUUCACAAUCUCCACCAAGUGUCGAAAAUGGAGGAAACAUUUCACAAUCUCCACCAAGUGUCGAAAAUGGAGGAAACAUUUCACAAUCUCCACCAAGUGUUGAAAGUGGAAUAGUUGUUCAAUAUACUCCAACAGCCUCACCAACGACUUCUGAGAGUCUAGAUAAAAUUUCUCAGUCAUGUACGCUUGUUUGGCUUGGUAUAAUUGAUAUAAAUAUUGAAAAUUGUUUAUUACCCAAUAAUGUUACUGCUAGACAAAAAUUUAGUAAGCCUUGUCAAUGCAUCUCUUACAUAACGUCGUUUCCGCAAGAUAAAUAUUAUUUGAUUAUGUCCGGUUUCUUUGAUAAAAAUGUGUUACCAUUGAUCCACAAUCUACCACAAGUAGUAUCUAUUUAUAUUUAUUGCGACUGGGAACGCGGAUCAAAAGAAAUGGAGUGGACUAAUAACUAUUCAAAAUUUUCAGGUAUUUUUGUCGAUAAAGAUAGUCUGUUUGAUGCGUUAAACGAAGAGAUUCACUCAUUAGUAAGAACAGAUGUUGAAAUUACGUUAAAACCACCAGUCAAAAAUUGUUUAUCUGCUGCAACCGCAUAUCGUAAUUUAGGAUGUGCUUUGUUUCAAAAGCAAGAUUAUGAUAGAGCAUUGUUAAACUUUCAGAAAGCAAGUGAACUUAUGUCGCACUCUGAGACGCUUGACCUAGCCAAUACAUUUAAUAAUAUUGGCUGUGUAUAUGACAAAAAACUGAAUCAUGAAGAAGCAUUAAAAUAUUAUGAAAAAGCACUUGACCUUUCAUUAAAAAUAUUGCCGACAGAUGAUCCUUCGAUAAUCGAAUAUUUAAAUAAUAUUUCAGUCAUAGUUAGGCGUCGAUAG